AUGCAGCGCCUUCAACAAUUUAUUCGACGCGUCGGCACUGGAGAGUCUUCCGCCGCCCCUCAAGUGCAGGCUGUGAUUGAGCCGACUUCAGCUCCGGCAGGAGGCUCAAGUCUACAAAUUGCGUUACAAAACCAGACCACAUCCAACACUGUCUACGCCUAUGUCACAGGUCAAGCGAUCGACCGUGGCAACGCCUUGUUUCUCCUCUCCGCGGAUGGGAGAACCCCUUUCUAUCCCAGCUCUCCGGGUGCGGUCGGCUCGUCGAUCCCACAAAAUUGUGCGAUUCCCCUCGGAGCUCCGGGCCACACAACGACGGUGACAAUACCCCAUAUCGCCGGCGGCCGCAUUUGGUUCUCGAUAGAUGCGCCUUUGAAAUUCCUGCUCAACCCAGGGCCCGCGCUGGUCGAGCCAUCCGUCACCAAUCCGUCCGAUCCCAAUGCCAACACCAAUUGGGGCUUUGCCGAGUUCACAUUCAAUAGUGACCAACUAUACGCCAACAUCAGCUACGUCGAUUUCGUCGGCCCACCCAUCGCCUUGACCCUCACGACCCAAGGGGGCGCCACCCAGCAUGUCUCGGGGAUGCCUGCUAACGGCCUGGACCAAGUCUGCAACGGUCUCCGCGCCCAGCAGGCCGCCGACGGCAAGGGCUGGGAUCAACUGAUUGUCACCCACAAUGGGCGGAACCUGCGUGCGCUGUCGCCGAAUCAAGGGAUGGUGACCAACCCUUCGUUGUUUGCAAACUACUUUGACGGCUACAUCAACCGAGUCUGGCAGAAGUUUGCUUCUCAAUCCAUGUCCAUUGACACCCAAGCCUCGUUCGGCACCGUGUCGGCAAAGGUCAACAACAACGGCACCCUCAACUUUGGCGGAUCGAGCUUCGCGAAACCGUCGACCCGGGACAUCUUCACCUGCUCGACCGGACCGUUCGCGACGGGCGCCAACGCCCAAACCAACGCCAUCAUCCCCCGACUGGCGGCGGCCUUCAACCGGUCGACCCUGCUCGUUUCCAACUCUUUCCCGGCCCCUCAAAGCAUGUACUACAAGGACCCCACCACGAACCACUACUCCCGGAUCGUGCACUCUCUCAACCUGGACGGGAAGGGCUAUGCUUUCCCCUAUGACGAUGUCCAGCCGAGCGGCGGCGCCGACCAGAGUGGUGAGGUGCACGCCGGCGACCCCAAGUUGUUCACCGUCAUUGUGGGAGGGACGCACGCGACCGUGAAGCCACCGCCGAAAAAGGAUCUGUGA